UUGCCAAAUUCACCAUUUUUAAACACAUUCGAAUUUCGAAGGGUGCUAGAAUUGACUUGAAUUGGUCAUUUCAAUUCACUCAGCCCCUCUUUAACCAAAUUAAAAUGUCAGCUUCCAAAACCCCAUUUUGCUUCAAAGGCAUUUUCUUACUACUCAUUUUUCUCUCAAUCCUUUUUAUUGCUCUCAAUUACCAUUCCUCCAUCCCCCACCAAUUAACCUCUUUCUCCUCUGCCAUCGUCACCACUACCACCACCACGAAAAAUUCUCCAACCACCGUUCACCACCUUGUUUUCUCAAUUGCUUCUUCCUCUAGAACUUUUUCGAAACGAAAAGAAUUCCUCCGUCUAUGGUACAAACCUAAUAUUACGAAAACUUAUGUCUUUCUAGACCACCCUCCAUCGAAAAAUUAUAAUUCUCCAAAAAAUAUUGAUCUUCCACCGUUUCUUAUUUAUGACGACAUGUCUCGUUUCCCGUAUACCCAUGGCGCGGGUGCAAUUUACGCCCUUGGCCUAACAUACAUGAUCAAACAAGUUGUCACGCGUAACAACCCUAACGUGCGAUGGUACAUUUUUGGGGACGAUGAUACGGUUUUUGUCGUGGAUAAUUUGGUGAAGACAUUAGAAAAGUAUGAUGACAAUGAAUGGUAUUAUAUAGGGUCUAAUUCAGAGAGCUAUGUUCAGAAUAAUUAUUUUUCUUUUGAUAUGGCAUUUGGUGGUGGCGGAUAUGCAAUAAGUCGUCCAUUGGCUUUGGUUUUAGCUAGGGUUUUGGAUUCUUGUUUGAUGAGGUACCCAAGUCUCUAUAGUAGUGAUGCUAGGAUUUUCUCUUGUUUGGCUGAGCUUGGAGUGAGUUUAACACAUGAACCUGGUUUUCACCAAAAUGAUGUAUGGGGAAAUCUAUUUGGAUUACUUUCAUCGCAUCCAUUAUCACCAUUGCUAUCACUUCAUCAUAUAGAAGGAGUACAAUCAAUAUUCCCCAACAUGACCAAAAUUCAAGCUCUGCAACAUUUCUUCAAAGCUGCUAAUGUUGAUCCUGCAAGAAUAUCACAACAAUAUAUUUGCUAUGAUCGAAAAAAUUCAUUAUCUGUUUCAGUUGCUUGGGGUUACGCAAUACAAGUGUACGAGGGCAACAUUAAAGUUCCCGAGCUUAUAACAGUUUUAAAGACAUUUCAGUCAUAUGAUAAAGAUAAAAAAAGACAACAUUUUAUGUUCAGGACAAAGGUGGAAUCGAAAAGUCCUUGCAAGAAAAUGUUUGCCUUUUUGAAAAGUGUUGAUUCUAAUGGAGAUAAAGUUUGGACUAACUAUACGAGGCAUAAAUUGGGCAAAACUUGCACAAAAGAUGAUAAUAAACUCAAGAAUUUGGAAGAGAUUAGAGUCUUCUCUCGUAAGUUGAAUACCGAUACUAGACAGGUUAGGGCGCCACGUCGUCAGUGUUGUGACAUAUCACCAUCGUCCGAGAAAUCUAUGGAUAUUCAAAUCAGACCAUGUGGAAUUGAUGAGUUAAUUGCAAUGUCUCCCUAGAAUUUGUUUAUAAACUGUUCUUUUUGUGGAGAAAUGUUUGAUUGUCGAAGCAUACGAACUUUUGAGACCGUUGUAAUUUAGACCGACCCCAAUGUUCUGAUUUAUUCUGAACUUCUAGAAUCGUUAUAGAGCAGUUUGCUCUUGACCUUAAUUGUCUUUUUCUUAAAAGGAUGUUAUGUUCAUUAGAUAAUAAUUGAUA